UGACUCAGCUGGAAGUGAAGCUCUGACGUCACGUAGGUGAGUGACGUCAGACAGGAACCAGUGGAAGGGAGCUUGACAAAUCAAGAUGGCGUCCCACGCCGAAGCAGCGAAGAGGUUUCCAGAUAAAUAAAGCUCAUUGGGAGGACGGUCAGACUCGAGUGGCGCUUCGACAGAGACGUCGGUUGUAUUUCGGCAGAACAGGACGGAGCAGAAACAGUUCUGUUUUCAGAGUCUCUAAAUGGCUGCGAGGAAGUCUGGAUCAGAUGCAUACAACAAUGGACCCAUCAGCUACCUUGAUGAAGUUCCCUUCAAGAUUAAUGAGAAGUUCCGCUGCCCAGCCAAAGUGGGGCUGCCUGUUGGUUUCUGCUUGCCUGACUGUGGCUCUUUGUUGGUGGACACACAGUAUGAUUUUUCUCUGGAGAGACGUAGCGUGCGGUGGGGGGUUGAACUGGCUGAGGCCAGAGCAGCAGAGGCCAGAGCAGAGGAGGCAGCAGCAGCCAAGCAAGAGGCAGAGAGCAGGGAGUGUUUGGCUCAGGCCCAGGACAUUGAUGGUGGUGGAGGGAAGAAACCCCGGUCAGCUGCAGAUGACCAGGACCUUCUACCACCAGCGUUGAACCCUGUCUUGGCGGGGCUGAGCCAUAAUGCCAUCCUCACUCCACUGCCUGCCCCAAGCCUUGGCCCCAGGAAAACCCAGCCUAGUAUUCCGCAGCUGAACUGCCUCAACCUAGCAGACUUUGAGCGGGAAGAGGACCCCUUUGACAAGCUGGAGCUCAAAACUUUGGACGAUAAGGAGGAGCUUAGGAACAUUCUCCAGAGCCAGCCCCAACCUCAGCCGCCUCUCUCUGUAUCCCCACCAGAGCUGUCCCAGAUAGGGUCUGUGUCUCGAGGAAACAGCCCAUCUCCUCCCAGCAGCAACACCAGCCUCCCAGCCAAACAAGGCUUCUCCCACAAACCCAACGGGUUGGUUGCCUUGCUGGACAUGGACAGGGUUGGGCAUCCUGGGAGAGUGGGAUUUGACACAGAUGACCGACCCUGUAACAUCCGCUCUCUGACUUUUCCCAAGCUCUCUGAUUCUGGUGACCCAGAGCCAGUGAGGUACAGCCCACUCCCUGCACCCAUUCCUGCUCACAGAGAGAACCUCCCCAAUGGAAGCCCUCCGACCAUUCCCAAGGCCCAAGUUAUUGUUGCCCCUGAGCCACCUAGCCACAUAAAGAGUGGUACACCUAAACAGACUAACCCAGGAUCAGGAUCCGCUGGUCUGCCGUGUGGCGGGGCCUUGCUUAGCAUGACUCCCAGCGAGCGUCAAUGUGUGGAAACCCUUGUAGGCAUGGGAUACUCCUAUGAGGGUGUCCUACGGGCCAUGCAGAGGCAAGGACAAAACGUGGAGCAGGUACUGGAUUAUCUUAUUUUAUCUGGACGUCUGUGUGAUCGGGGCUUUGAUGCAAGUGCAGUGGCGGAAUGUUUAGAGAUGUACCAAUGCUCAGAGGAAAAGGCCUUGCAGUUCCUUGAACUAAUGUCAAGAUUUGGUGAAAUGGGAUUUGAGCGGGACGCCAUCAAAGAGGUGCUGCUGGUCCACAACAAUGAUCAGGACAAGGCUCUAGAGGACCUGAUGGCUCGUGCCACAGGCAGCUGAGCCAAGCUAACCAGCCAAACGGAGCCCAGCCCAGGGCUAGCUUCCCGCCACCACCUGACACAGCCUCCUUCCUUCUGCCUACCCUGUCACACCAUGCCCUGUCCUUGGCUGUGGAAGGGACAGCUGGGAAACAGUUGUUUUUCUCUCUGUGCUUAAACGUAUUGUGUCUCAGCACUUCUUAAAGACGGUGUGCCUAGAUUGGAGGGGGGUUGAAGUGUAACAAUUCUUCAUGGUGGAGGUUUCUUUUGGUUUUUGAGAAAUACUGGGCUCCAGGAUUUGGUACCGUUUGAUUAUUCAAGAACGACUGAGCUUUGAUGGAGAAACUGGAAGAAGUGGGCUGUGGUGUUUUUGAUGCCAUUCUGAUUUGCUUCCACUUGGAAGUGUUUAUAUUUCUGCUGGCAAAGCUUCAGGACCGAACGGGGAGCCGGUGACACUUAGUGCACACGGACAGACCAGUUUGAACUCUUGAAACUCCCAAACAAUUAAGCUGCCAUUUUCCACUGAUCAGUGCAGUUCUAGUAAAUGGUGGAUGGGAUAGGGGGCCUGAGGAAGCUCUCUUCAAACUGAACCAACUAACAUUAAAAGAAUUUAAAAAAAAUUAAGAAAGGAAGAGGAAAAAACCCAGGCAGUCACCAGACAGAGAUAUGACUCUCUGGAAGUGCCCUCUCUGCUCUGGUGCCCUGCAACUAGCUCUGUUCGACUCAAUGCUUUCAUUCAUUCAUGUCUGUUUUCCUUUUCAUUUGAGCACUUUUUUCAUGUCAGUUCAAAGAUUCCAUUUCGUUGCUUUCUGUUUUGGGAACUACAUAAUUGAGCUUUAGUCAUUAUAACUUAGAACAUAAAGGAUACUACUGCCCCAGUGUUGCUCUUUGACUUGCACUGGAAUGGCCUGUUGAAGGAGUGGGGAAGUUCCUCUGCAAGAGAUAAGAAAUAUCCCAUAACCCUCUGGCACUGUGGUGUCCCAUACUGCACACACGUUUCAUAAUUAUCAACUUAUUUAAAACAGUACACUGACACUUUCAUUUAAGAAUUGCAGAGUUUGAUAUGUUGAUGUAAGAUAUGUUAACUUACAAAAGUGAUGCUCUUAACUUUCAUGGACCUCUGUUUGCAGACUGGAAAAGAGUGAGUGGUUUAACAAGAAACAAAAUGUAAGCGAGGAUUUUUCCUGCAGCCUCAUUACGGUGCAAUAGAGAUAUUUCAUAUUGUGUGACUGUUUGACAUUUUGAGCCGCAAGUAAGUGUUGGGAGGUCAGGAAAUUAUUUUCAAGCCUUGCUGGACAUUUGGAUGUAACCAGAGAAAGGUUUUGAUUUCAGUGGUUUCUAUCAUUUAUUCUCUGUUAUUGGAUUUCAUGACACAAAAUCGAAUCAAACAUGACUUUAAAUUUGUUGACUUGUCCACUUUUUUUCUCAUGGAAAUGUGAAAUGAGAGUUCAUCUUGAUUUCAUGUGUGUUAGCAUCUCCACGGUCUUAAAUGUAAAGUUAAGUCACCACAUGCCAAAAGUGUUUUCACACGUGUCGAGUGGGUGUCAUCCUUUGUUUUUUAUAGUGUGAACCUAUAUGUUUAGAAAUAAUGUCUGCUCAGCUGCACCAAGGGGCAAAAAUGGCAGAAGUUUUCAUAAUCUUGAGCUCUUGUGGUACUGAUGACAAUUAAGAGAGACUUGGUAACAGAUUAAGGGCUUUAGGUUGGCAAAAUGUGACUUUGAGAACUGGUCCUUAGUUUAGAGCUGGGCUAGUCACUUGUUAUCUGCUUUACAAAUGCAAAUAGAAUAUUUUUUAAUUUCUGAGGAAUUUUACAAAAGCCCGGGUGUUUGGUACAUUAAAUUAUUGUGCAGUUUAUUGUCUAUUCAGACAUCACUAUUUGUUUGAUUGGAAUUAUUAGCGACCACGUGAUUGCGGAAUGCCCAUUACCACUCAAACCAGAGGGAUGAGCAUGUGCUUUCAGUUAAAUUAAAACAGCCUGGCUAGUUUAUCCAAGCAUCCUGAAAGUAAUAUCACAAAACUCCCCUUAUUUUCUUAAAAGUGUGUUAGUACAUUUUAAUUAUAUGUCUGGUGCAGGCAGAUGUGACAUGAGUAAAGUGUCAUGUUUCACAUAAUCUCUGUACUUCAGCCAAGUCCUGUAUGUUCUACACCAUGAUUGGCAUAUACGUGUUGUCACCAAUUACCUUCUGUUUUAAUUUACUGUGAUAAAGGAGAGCAUCAUUCUUACCUCACAGAUUAUGACAUGAGUGGUGUUGUCGUCUUCAUACACAACUCAAGUUUGGUUUUGUUGAUCUUACGAAAGCAUAGUUAAUGUCCACUUGCCUCUCUUGCUCUGGCAGCCACAGAAGUUUGGCUGAGAUCAGUACAGCAGGUUCUGGAGCUUCUGCAUCAAUGCCCCCUUCCACCUCUGUUGUGACCUUUCAGUUUUGUGGGGAUGAAGUGCAACUAGGUUCUUAUUAUUUAAGGGGUUGCAUUUGAAGGU